AUGGAGGCCAUCAUGGCAGGAUACUUCAAGACACUCUUCCACCUCAACCCCGGCGGGAUCCAGCCACACCCGCCGGCCACCUGCGAUAGGGAGUCGCUCUUGAGGCCGCAUGUAUGGCACAAUGGCACAUCAAAGAAGCUCUCUCUGUCCCGCAAUGUCCUCUCCUCCAAGUGCAAUGGUAAGGGUUCCAAGUCUGGAGCUUCGUCGAGGUGUGCUGGUUGUCAAUGUUCUGGCUUCAAGGUCCAAAUCCGGCAGUUGGGACCUGGAAUGAUUCAGCAAAUGCAACAUCCUUGCAAUGAGUGCAAGGGUUCUGGAGAGACCAUCAGCGAUAAAGAUAGAUGCCCACAAUGCAAAGGUGAUAAAGUCGUGUCGGAGAAGAAAGUUUUUGAAGUGGUAGUUGAGAAAGGUAUGCAGAACGGACAUAAGAUCACAUUCCCUGGCGAAGCUGAUGAAGCGCCUGAUACUGCCACUGGAGAUAUCAUCUUUGUUCUCCAGCAAAAGGAGCAUCCCAAGUUCAAGAGAAAGGGCGAUGACCUCUUCUACGAGCACACACUGACCUUGAUUGAAUCUCUGUGUAGCUUCCAGUUUGUUCUGACUCACAUGGAUAACAGGCAAAUGCUGAUCAAAUUGAACCAUGGCGAAGUUGUGAAGCCUAAUUCUUUCAAGGCAAUCAACGAUGAAGGCAUGCCCAUGUAUCAGAGGCCCUUCAUAAAGGGCAAGCUGUACAUCCACUUCUCAGUGGAGUUCUCGGACUCGUUGAGCCCGGAGCAGUGCAAGGCCCUAGAGGUUGUUCUCCCGCCCAAGCCAGUAUCACAGUACACUGACAUGGAGCUGGACGAGUGUGAGGAUACGAUGCCCUACGACGUGAACAUCGAAGAGGAGAUGCGGAGGCGGCAGCAGCAGCACCAGGAGGCCUACGACGAGGACGAUAAUGUGCCAGGCGGUGGGCAGAGGGUGCAGUGCGCCCAGCAGUAGGCAGCUUGCGACAAAUUUGUUGUUUCGCUUUGGGCGACUAUUGAGUUUACCCGCUUGUAUUGGUCUUAUGAUACUUCGGUUACAAGAGUGCAGUAUUACUAAGGAUUAG